AUUUCGGCUGUAGGCGUUGGUCUGAUGAAGCGAGAGGCGUCAGCCAUGGACUGGACGUCCAUGAAUGGCGCAGACGCCAAACCACCUGUUCUCGAUCGUGUAGCGCCAUAUACUAUACAGGCGCAAGUGAAUGGAAAUGACGCUGUGGGAGAGCGACACCAGCAAGGGCAACAGGGCGAAGGUGGAGGUGCAGCGAAUGGUGAAGUUGAUGAUGAGCUGCAAGCAGCACCUGGUAUUGAAGUAGUUAUCUCCGACAUAUCGUUCACCGGGGAGUCAUUCAAUGUUCACACAGAAAUCACAGCAUUGCCUUUAUCAUCAGACCUAAGAACUAUACAUUUGCAUUUGGGAACAUGCGCUUACCUUCCUAGCGAAGGCCACAACGGAAGGAUAACCAUCAAUGGAGUGGAAUGCUUAUACUCUAGGCUUCCUGAACCUACGCUUGCUGGACAUGCAGCUAAUCCUUCUAUCAUGGAAGCUUUAUCGCGAUACCAUGAAUCAGUCAAGGAGAAAGAUGCAUUCUUGGAAAUUGCUAUCCCUGACCCGCUCAGAUUAACUAUACAGUUGCUGAAAUGCAUCACGAUUGCUGUCGAUAUUGUUGUAAAGAAGCCAACCCAGGGUAUUCAAUUCGUAUACAACCUGGCGGCGGAUGGAACUGUGGAUAAAGGGCCACAUGUCUUCACUUACAGAAGCUCUCUUCUGACAAGCACACGCGAAUGGCUUCCAUGUGUGGACGCUCCUGACCAGCUCGCGUUGUGGCGCAUUCACAUCACCUGUGAAAGUUGGCUUACGGCGGUAGCAAGUGGAGAUUUAGUGGGAUUUGAUACCAAUGCUGAUAAGCGUUUGAGAACAUGGAAUUACCAACAAUUGGUUCCAACGGCUGCUUGCAACAUUGGCUUUGCCAUCGGACAGUUCUCCACUUAUGCGCUACCGGAUAUGGCUGAGGUUACCAGCUUCGCGCCCAUUGGGCUUCUAUCCUUGGUAAAGCAUACUGUAACCCCAUUGGAUAAAAUACUUGAGUAUUUUGAAGAGCUUUUGUCGUGUCGAUUUCCAUAUCCAACGUAUAAACAAGUGUUUGUUGACAUGAUACCUGAUGAGGUAACCAGCUAUAGCAGUUUAACUCUGUUUUCGAUAAGUACACUUCAUCAUAAGAAGAUUAUUGAUGCUGUCCAGGAAUGUCGGCAGCUAUUGGCACUUGGUGCAGCUCAGCAAUUUUUUGGUUGUUUUAUAUCGCCAGCGCAUUUCCUAGAUUGGUGGCUUGUAAAGUCUCUGUCGAGGUUUAUCACGUCGCUAUAUAUCGAGAAGAUGUUUGGCACUAGCGAAUAUCUUUUCCAAAUUAAGAAGUUGCUGAAUGCUGUCUGCGAUUAUGAAUCGCAAUGGGGAAAAGUUAUUUUGAGACCAUCUAUAGAGGCUACUCCUCGUUUGAAUCUGCAUUGUGAACCUCGCUGUGAGCAUACGUGCUCUCCGCUCUAUGCUGAAACUAUGACGAAGAAGGGACAUCUGGCAAUGCGAAUGCUUAGCAAAAGAUUGGGACACGAACCUUUCUUCCAGGUUCUGCACAAAAUUCUCUCCGUUGGCCAGCAAAUGGCUGAGCGACGUGAUAGACCUGCCACCUGGACGCAUCUAGUUGUAUCCACUGAGACGUUUUUCCGGACAGUCACAAAUGUGACAGGGCAGGAGAUUCCAACUUUUGUGGAACAGUGGAUUCAUAACGGAGGUCAUGCUUCUUUCAGGGUACAAUAUGUCUUCAACCGUAAACGUAAUAUGAUUGAACUGGAGGUCAGGCAGAAGGUGGAGCCAGCAAAUGGACGUUUGAGAUAUGUUGGUCCGCUCACGGUUUUGGUCCAAGAACUCGAUGGUUCCUUUUCCCAUACAGUGCAGAUAGAUGGCGAUAUCUCAAGGGCAGACCUCCAAUGCCAUUCGAAAGGACGACGACAGAAGAAGAAACGGGUUCCUCUUUACUCUGGAGAUGAUGUGGAGGUAGAUCUAAGCAAUAUGGACCCAGAUUCACCUGUUUUAUGGAUAAGGCUUGACCCUGAACUGCAUCUAAUACGCAACAUGAUGAUCAAUCAGCCGGAUUAUCAGUGGGAGUACAUGUUACGUUAUGAGAGGGAUGUUCUCGCCCAGCUUCAGGCUUUGGAUCGGCUACAGUUAUGCCCGAAUCCUCAAAGCCGAGACGUACUGCUUGAAACCAUCACCAACGAUAAUUUCUUCUAUAGGGUGCGAAUUCAUGCUGCCUAUGCUCUCACUGAAGUACUGAAUAAGAUGCCGGAAACGUGGUCCGGUGUUCCUGCGCUUUUAAGUCUGUACAGAAAGAUUUAUGGAGCAAAGUCGUGUCCCAUGCUGCCACGAUCUAAUAAUUUUGUCGUUACUUCGCAAAAUCUGCAGCAGUACUUCUUGCAGCAGGCUCUUCCACAAGCACUGGCUAGAAUGCGAACGAAUGGCAUGGCUUUACAGGAAGUGCAGUGCUUCAUUGUGGAUUAUAUACGGUACAACGACAAUACGAUGAAUAGAUAUGCAGACGAUCAUUACCGAGCAUCUCUUCUCAAUGCAUUGGCAGCUUGUGUAGCUCCAGUGAGCACUCUGGGAGGAGGAAAUUACAUACCAGAUGCUCUUAGCUGGGAAAUGAGUGAGGUUGUUGAGGAGACAACCCAUGCCCUGAACAUGGAUACUAUCAAACCAACAUUCCGUCAUGUUGUAGGCGUUGCAGCACUCUCUGUCAUACAUAAUCUGCAACGUAAUGGUCACAUUCCGUCGGAUUCAAAAAUUUUCUGGGUGUUUGCAGCUCCAAAGCUGUGUGUGAACAUGCGCAAAGCGGCACUUCACAUCAUUGUCGAGAGGCUUUCUAUUUCGCGAAAGAAGCAAUCCACGAACGAUUUGAUGCGACUGCUUUCUAUGCUUGCUCAAGAUUCCGAUCCUGCUAUCCGGUUGCAUAUCGCUACUUUGUUGGCGCAGAUGCCACCCUUCAGCGCUCAUGAAUGUACGGAUACUGGCCCAACAAAUCCAUGCAACACUGUGCAAAUUGCUGAUGAGCUAUGGUCACUCAUGAGCAAGACCACGCUGGAAACCCGUGUGCGCAUGCUGUUGAUGGACGUCUAUUUUUCACUCUAUGGCAUGGCUACACCGUUUGUGAAAGGCGGACCAGCAAUGAUCUCUGGGCAUCAGCGUUCCAAAAGACGUCAGCCUGACAACAGAUCGAAUGUGUCAGGAUGGCAUAAUGAGAUUCUUGAUGGUGACCAGCCGCCUUCACCAGAAUCACGGUCCUUUAGCGAAGAUAUUGACAUGCUACACCGAGGAGACGACACAGGCAGCGGCACUGAACUAGAAGGAAUGACAACCUUCGUGGCAGCUGACCUAGAAGAACGCAUUCGUGAAAGUUGUCGAGUGUCCGGAAGUAGGGCGCGAGAUUCGCCCGAUGAUAGUGAUAUAGCUCCCAUAGUACCGGAUCCUAGGUCUUUGUAG